UUAACAUACAAAAUUAAAUCGCAAAGUAACCACUCUCUCUUGUCGCGUUCCCCUUGUUGUAACGGAUAGCUUUAAGAGUUACUCCGAAAUCAGAGCGAUCAAGCUGACUAAUGAAAUGAACCGAGCUGGCUACUGCUGGAGAUGCGAGGAACCCUACACUGUAAGGUGUUCACGUUGUCGAGUAGCCUUCUACUGCUCCAAGAUAUGCCAGGAACAAGACAAGUGGCGACAUAAACCUAAUUGUGAUGCUGCAGCAUUAAACAGAGAAUGCAUGGGAUGCCACAAAGAACAAGAAGGCAUGCUGAAAUGCGCUGCCUGCAUGAGGGCCUGGUAUUGUAGUACAGAAUGCCAAAGAAAGGACCUGAAAAAUCACAAGAAUUUUUGCCGUGAAAUCGUAAAGAAAACGAUUCAUCUGGCCACAGAAAUAAAGCAAGAAUUGACAAUAACUCGGCAAUACCCUGGAGUACCAAUGACGUAUUACUGGGGUAAUACACCGGCUGUAGAUUUGAUCAACUUGUCAAUGAACGAAGGAGAGGAGUAUUCCAGCCCGCUUGCUCUUUUGUUGUGUGGAGUCGGUGAUCCCAGGAAUGUUCUGUUGACCAUUGCAUCUUUACCUGAUGCUUAUAAACAGCAAGUAACGUUCGUGUUGAAUGACAUAUGUCCCUGUACUCUUGCCAGAACGGUCCUGCUGCUGUACAUGCUGAACAAAGGAGGAAGUGAGGCUGUUGACGCUGUUAUCCAGGUGUGGUACUCACUGCGCGUCUCAGAAAGCGACUUUUUGCAGCUGAUGUCCGCUCUAGAAGAACUGGGGGCUACCCGUGACCUGGAAACUCUUACGAGUAACUUCAUGAACGUGGAUGAUCCUGAUCAAUUCAGUGAACUAAAGAGGGUUUGGCGCACUUGGAUUCAACUUUCAACGAGGAAGGGACGUUGGGUGACUGAAAUGAGGAAAGCUGCUUUUGAAGCAGAUGAUAAGGUUGAAGCAGUGAUGCGGAAUUACUUAAUGGCAAUUCCACCGAAUCACAGGGAGUCUGUCGAGCUGUGGCGCGCUGAGGGGAUAUUCACAUCACAGUGCGAUGCAUCGAGCUUGACACGAGAGAACAUGACUUUUACUGGUUCUCAUUUUAUGCUCAAAAACAGUAAGGGAGACUACGACUUUUCCCCUCGCCCGUGCGUCCUUCCUUUUCAAGGGUGGGACUACCAGGAGGUCAGCAAGACUACCUCUGAUGAUUCUCUGCCAAAGAUGUACGGCGUUUACUUGUCAAAGAUUUUGCGCAAGUGCGUUGAAAGACUGAGUAGAAGUAAGGUAAAGCUACAUAUUGUACUGAGCAACUGUGUACAAAUCGAGCCAUUUUUACCCUCGGAACUGAGUUAUGACCGCAUUACAACAUCUAAUCUAUGCGAUUACAUUUCCCUCACUUCCAUUUUGUCACAGUUUAAAGCUAAGUUAAAUUCUAACAACAGCCACUCGGUCUUGAUUACGGAGAUAAUUAAAUGGCAAGUUGGCUUUUUUCCGGAAAUCGGUACUAAAAUUUUAAGGUCGUCAGACGACCCUGCAUACAAAGAAGCAGUUCUUCAGGAUACAAACAACCCAUUACUUCUGUUUUCAGGUCCAAAUAGUUACAGGGAAUACCAUAAUGUUAUUCCAGAAUUCCAGUUGUAUCUGCGCGCGGCUCUUCUCGAGUCACGCAGUGACAAUGAACUCUGUUCUUUAGAAAAGAGAAACAAGCUUCCAUCCAUCAAGGCUAUCGUCACUGCUUUAGGCCUUGAGCUGCGUGAUUAUGUAAGGAAUGAAAACAAAGUUUUUCCGUUUAAGUGGGCUGUGAAUUGUCGUCGAGUUACCAGAAUGAAAGGAUAUGAAUUCGCUCUGGAGUGGAAGCUUCCGACGCCAACUUAAUAGGGAGCUUAAGCAAACCACGACUACGACGGCCACGAGAACGUCACCAAACAAGAGGUUUCAGAGCAG